AUGGAAACUGCGUUUGCGAACUCCAUCGUCGUGGACCGCAAGAGAAACCUUGCGUUCGGCGAGCUGCACUCAGGAAAACUGCAACAGCUCGUCCACAAGUUUGAAAACCACAACAAAAAGCUCCCCACUUGGCCACCCAAAGACUGUGUGGAGGAGUUCCAAAAGCACCAAUUACACAAACCGUUAUUUCUGGACGAGGUGGAACUCUUGGACUUGGACAUUAUUGGAUUCUCUGAUAAUGAAACCUGGUUGUACGUGUCCCCCAAAGCAAAUCAGUUGAUCACACAGAACACAAAAACGCCAUUGCAAUGGUGCCGGCAGGUUCUGGAUGCUCCUGAAUGGACACAAGCAAGACGCUCCAUAUGCCUCCAACUUGACUCAGCUUCCUGCAGGCGGCGAUUACUGUCCAGCCCUCGAGCCACCUCAACGCCGCCGACUGUUAGCAGAAUUGCAAUUGUGUCCCCCAAUGGCACUCCAAAAUCCAGCACAAAUCGUUCGAAUCUAAUAUUGUCCGAUAUGGACAGUAAAAAUUCUCAGAGCCCCAUUGGGAGGCCACGGACCCCCACCUUCAUUGCUCAUCUGACCUGUGACAGCCGCCUGCAGUACUGUAGCCCUCGGCCUCAUUUGGACUGUGACGUCAUCGCUCCCACGGUGGAUGAGGAUGACAACUUGGUCCCUCAUGGCUACAAACUUCAGGAUCUUACUGAUGUUCAGGUGGUGGCGCGGCUGCAGGAAGAGAAACUCAGGCAGGAUUACGCCAGCACUUCAUACGCCCUGGCCAACCGACGAAGCCUGAGCGUCACCCUUCCGCUCAGCGCUCCCCGCGACCAGGAGGUGGAAGAAAAGGGGGUAGACGAAGACUCCGCCCAUGUGUCGAAUCACUGCCUCUGCCCACUACCACACGCCCACACCUUCUCCAGCGCCCAAGACUGGCGAAACAACAAUAUUCUGUCCAUGCAUCCCUUCACCCCACCUUACCCCUACGCAGGUCCAACGCAACGGCCUUUCAAACCAAGACCAGAUAAACUGCAGAGGAGUUUGCCGAAUCUUGCUCAAUCUAACAGUGUUCCCAGUGCUUCUUUGCUUCGUAACAGCCAGAGCUUUGAUUCUCCAGGCUGCUCACCUCUCCCACAGUCCUCCAUGGCCUCCCCCAACCUACGGCACACAAGAGUCCAGAGUAUGGGAAACCUAUCUUCACCAUCACGUCAACCGCUAAAGGCCACUGUCUUUGUAAGCCCUACCAUCAGGGAUUCGACUUGUGUGUUUAGGUCAUGGUUGCAUGUUGGAAGCAGCAGGAUCCCGAUGCUUAGUAAAUGCUCUUCCCACUCUGCGUUAAGUCCAAGCCCACCUCUGCCUGCCUACUUCAAUGAUACCGCAGGCACUAUCCCCAGCUGCAAGUUGGCCAAACCAGGGCAUAGGUAUAAAAGUAUGCUACGGUGUUUUUCCUCAUGA